AUGGUGGAGCAGGAGCGGAGCGGGGCGGGCGGCGAGGUUGGGGUGGGACCCUCUAGCCCGGACCCCCGGGCUGGCGAGUGGGACCUGGAGAGGCUCACCUCAAGUGACAGCGCCAACUUUGAAGCCUGUUUACUGAACCCAACUUCCAUGGGCCGGUUGUUUACCCCGUCGUUGCUACCUUCACUUCUUUUGGGGGAGGAGGAUGGGGUGAAGCUCUGGGCCUCGGCUUUCGGCGGGGAGAUAAAAUCCAUUGCUGCUAAGUACUCCGGCUCCCAGCUUCUGCAAAAGAAAUACAAAGAGUAUGAGAAAGACGUUGCCAUAGAAGAAAUCGAUGGCCUCCAACUGGUGAAAAAGCUGGCAAAGAACAUGGAAGAGAUGUUUCACAAGAAAUCUGAAGCAGUGCGGCGCCUGGUGGAGGCUGCGGAAGAAGCGCACCUGAAACAUGAAUUCGAUGCCGACUUGCAGUAUGAAUACUUCAAUGCUGUGCUGAUCAAUGAAAGGGACAAAGACGGGAACUUUUUGGAGCUGGGGAAGGAAUUCAUCUUGGCCCCAAAUGACCAUUUCAAUAAUCUGCCUGUGAACAUCAGUCUCAGUGAUGUCCAGGUGCCAACGAACAUGUACAACAAAGACCCAGCAAUUGUCAAUGGUGUUUAUUGGUCUGAAUCCCUAAACAAAGUUUUUGUGGAUAACUUUGACCGUGACCCGUCUCUCAUAUGGCAGUACUUUGGAAGUGCAAAGGGCUUUUUCCGGCAGUAUCCAGGGAUUAAAUGGGAACCAGAUGAGAAUGGAGUCAUUGCCUUUGACUGCAGGAACCGAAAAUGGUACAUCCAGGCAGCGACUUCUCCGAAGGACGUGGUCAUCUUAGUUGACGUCAGCGGCAGCAUGAAGGGUCUCCGCCUGACCAUCGCCAAGCAAACGGUCUCGUCUAUUCUGGACACGCUGGGGGACGAUGACUUCUUCAACAUCAUCGCUUAUAAUGAGGAGCUUCACUACGUGGAACCUUGCCUGAAUGGAACGUUGGUGCAAGCCGACAGGACGAACAAGGAGCACUUCAGGGAGCACCUGGACAAACUUUUUGCCAAAGGAAUCGGGAUGCUGGAUAUCGCUCUGAACGAGGCCUUUAACAUUCUCAGCGAUUUCAACCACACGGGACAAGGCAGCAUCUGCAGCCAGGCCAUCAUGCUCAUCACCGACGGGGCGGUGGACACCUACGACACGAUCUUUGCCAAAUACAACUGGCCAGAGCGGAAG